CCAUGUCGAUGCGUGGCCGUUUGAGAGAGUGACUCAGAUGCUAGACUCUCGAUAGACCAGCUGAAAAGUAUUGCGCCUCGCACAGCGUGACGGAGCAACUGGAGGGGCGUCGGGGCGGCUGCUGCAGCGGAGAACGAUGGUUUAGCGUAAUUCCUGUCACACGAAAUCAGACUGAAGUCGAUUUGAGCUUUCGAGCGUUUUGCCAUUCGCAAGCCUUGGAAUGAAACUUGAUGGCGACUUUCCCAGCAGAAGCAGAAGCAGCUGGAGACUUGAUCAAAACUCGUAGGUAUCGGAAGAGAGUGGAGGCGUUGUGAUCGAUCGCUCGCUCGAAGGGGUUCUGAAGUCUACCUUUGGACCAGGAAAAGUAGGAUCCAGCAGGGAGCUCCUGUGGGCACGAUCAUGGGCAGCGACUGCUAUUUGAACGCUUUAAUAGUGCUACUUCUUCUGCUCUCGGUGUCCUCUGUCGUAUCAGUGCAAUCUUCCGGCGAUGCACUGGGGGCACCCUCGUCAUGGGUUCCGCCUGCUGCAGCUCAAUAUCCAACAUCACUAUCCUCACAGCCAGCACCGAAAUCGCAGCCACCCAUGAACUCGGAUCACCGACAGCAGAGGCACCAGUUUGCAGCAGCAGGGUGGACAUUUGACGGCGUGCUGGAUCCUGAUGGAUCCUUCUCUAGCGCUAAAUUCAUGCAUGAGCCGAAUCCUUCCAGCGAGGGCUUGUGCGAGGACAAACCGAGGCGAUCAAUCAGCUACAAUUCAAGUCAUGUACAGACCUCCGAGCCUACUGAAUCAGUUGGUCCUCGUCCCUGUCCCGCAGACUUGAGGGAUUUCAUACCAUGCCUGCAUGACUCAGACUCAGACUCAGACUCAGUGAAUGCCUCGUCAAACGACGUGUUCGAGCGUGACUGCAGACGAUGGGACCGAGUGGUCCAGCCUUGCGUCAUUGCCACUCCUGAGAACUAUGCUCGACAGUUCAAGUGGCCCACGAGUAAAACGCAGGUCAGACGGCCCAACAUUCCAAACGUACCGCUUCUGUCCAGUCGAGAGUGGCAAGCUUGGAUCCAGCCUCAUGGAAGUUCAGUGCUCCUGCGAGGGGCCGAGCCCAAGUUUCCCAAUGGUACACUCAACUACUUCAACGACCUGCAAGCUGCGGUACCGGGACUGGCGUUCGGAGAGAGGGUGAGGACGGUGCUGGACAUAGGCUGCGGAGCAGGGCACGCGGCCGCAGAUCUGGAAGAGCGAGGUGCAAUCACGCUCUCGGUGCCCGGAGAAGGGUCGUGUGAGAACGGAGUGCAGCUGAUUGUGGAGCGGGGCUAUCCGAGUAUGCUUCAGGCUCUCGAUGCAAAUCGAUUACCUUACCCGAGUCAGGCUUUCGAUCUGAUCCACUGCGCUGCGUGCCUCGUGGACUGGACCAUCAAUGAUGGUUUGAAGCUGUUGGAGGCGGAUCGCAUAUUGCGAGCAGGAGGGUUUUUCGUGUGGGCGGACUCAUCAGAUCCAGAAGCUGCAACCCGUGGGACUGGAAUGGAGGCUCUGACGGAGAGGAUCUGUUGGACGUCGGUCGCGCUGGUGGAGGGGCUCCGCGUCUGGCGGAAAUCAACGAAUCAGUCGUGCUAUCUGCUCAGGACCGGCGCGCCAUCGCGAAGUCCGCCCAUUUGCGAUCGCGCUGCCGAGUCGUCGCGGCCCCGGAUUCCCUGGAAGGAACCUUUGCGGAAGUGUAUAUGGGGGUUUCCGGCGCCCGGUGCCGCGGAGGCCAUGGCCGUGCGAUGGCCGCAGCGGGCAGAGCAGCCGCCGUCGCGACUGCGAGAGGCGCCGGCCGCAGGUCUGGAGCGGGCCAAGGAUGAGGCCUACGAGGCGGACUUGCGCUUCUGGAAAUCCAACGUGGACGUCUAUGUCACGGGCUUCGGCGAACAGCGAGUCCGCGAAAUACGCAACGUGCUCGACAUGAACGCUGGAUAUGGCGGAUUCGCGGCAGCUGUCUCGCUGCUGAAGACGGCUGCUCGUCUUGACUGGUGGGUAUUGAGCGUGGCGCCCGUCGACAUGCCCGACCGACUGGCCCUGAUCUUCGACAGGGGCCUUAUCGGUGUUUACCACGACUGGUGCUUACCUUUCCAGCUGCACCCCAGGUCGUUCGACUUGGUGCAUGCAUCUAGACUCUACCCCGCCACACACAGAUGCGGCGUGGAGCAAAUGGUGCGGGAAAUUGACCGAUUGCUGAGGCCAGGAGGAUUUGCCUUAUUUCGGGAUGACUUGAAGGUCCUUGCAACUAUACAGGCUGUCGCAGCUGCCCUUCGAUGGAAAACAGAUGUCGUUGAGACGGAGAGUGGACCAAAAGGGAAGAACAAAGUCUUGAGCUGUCAAAAAACGUUUUGGAGACCACAGUCUCGCUGAACAAUAGGACGACCCAAUGGGCCGAAAUGGGAAAAAGUUAGUACGUAGUUGGGUUGUCGACGAAUACGUCGACAGCCCCAGAUCAAUUUUGCAACGCCGACCCAGACAAUGACUGUGUAAGUUGUAUCUCCGUUGCUGUUAAACGGCCUUGCAAUACUUACACGAUGUGACACAUUUCGUUUCCAACUUUCAUAUUCGA